AUCAAUUGCAAUCCCUUACAAUAAUUCGAGAAUAGUUCGUUCAUAUGAUCGCAACACAAAGGCAAGGAUGGACGAUGAAGAUGCAAUAACAAAAUCGCGCGAUUUGCUGGCCGCUUUGGAACGUGGUAACAGUACACAAACUCGAAUCUCAGCUUUGCAAAAUUUGUAUGCGUUCUUAGAACAGCAAGAAGAAGAAAGUGAAUUACUAAUUGACGUUCAUGAUGAAAUCGUAAAUGGUCUUCGAGCUCAGCUAAAGGUAGCCAAUCCUCUCGUUACUGCAAAAGUACUCGGUGUUUUGCCAAUUAUCACUGACAGAUUGACCGUUCGACAGGAUGGACAUUGCUUGCAUCGGGUACGGUAUGUGAUGCAAACACUACUGCCACCCCUCCUCGCUUGUCUGGGUGAUACAAGAGAUCGAUCUCGCGAAGCAGCAAAAGCCAUCAUUGUUCAAAUUGCCAAAGCAGCUUCUGCAGUAACACCUCUAGCUGCAACAGCCGCAAAUCACUCUUCUAUCAGAUCUUCACAUGAAACACCAUUCGCAUUGUUUGAACGAAUUGUGAUCGAAUCAGGUUUAACUUCAAAAGUAGCAAGAGUCAAAGAACAAAUUACUCUCUUGCUUCCCGUUCUACGUCAAUCGAUCGAGAAAUUCCCACUAAGGCCAUUCUUACCUUCUUUGGUUGAUCAUCUAUCUGAUGCUGAUGCUAAUGUACGUGAAGCAUCUCGAACGACUGUGAUCUCAUUGUUCUCAAACGCUUCGCCUACUGCAAAAUCCGAGCUGAAAAAAGAGAUGGAAAAGAAAGGUACACGGAAACAGACAGUUGAUGCGAUCCUUGAACAAGUCUUCAGCGCAAGUGUCCCGUCUGCAGAACCUGCUCAUGAACCUGAGCAUGCCGUUCGGAAGCCUCCGACAACCACUUCUUCAAAUCGCUUUAGUACCCUCAACGCAGCAUUGGCCGCUGAAGAGGCAGGAUCAGGACCAUCAUCCCGAAGUGCAUCGAGAAGUGCUUCACGUAUGGGAGGUGCUGGCGAUGCAAAGGAGAACGAUAUUCGACCGGUAUACAUCGCAUCUUCGCAUGAGCUCGACAGAGCGUUUGCAACAAUGGUUCCACACUUUGAUGGAAAAGAAACCGAGCACAAUUGGCAGAAUCGUGAACAAGAUGUAUUAAAAAUACGUGGAAUGUUGAAAACAUCAACAUAUCACUCCCACCCUUCGGCUUUUGCAGCAGGAAUACGAUUGUUAAGCGAGGGCAUUUUGAAAGCCGUUGCAAGUCUACGUACCACGCUGAGCAUUCAUGGUAUCACACUUAUUUCAGAGCUGGCUCAACAGAUGGGGGAUGAUUUGGAAGCGCAAGCAGAGACGUUCCUUACCGCAUUGAUUCGCAUGGCCGGUUUCACGAAGAAGAUUGUUGCCAAUGCUUCUCAGGCUACGGUAGGUGAAAUUCUUAAGAACGUUACCUAUCGUCAUAAAUACCUUGAACUUGUUGGUCAAGGAAUGCAAGAUAAGAACUUUGGUACGCGUGCAGCAAUGUGUCAGCAUUUGGAUACCAUCUUGAGCGUUCAUGGCAAGCAUCGCAAGCACGCUUUAGAAGGACAUGGCGGAUUGAAUGCUAUCAGCACUAUUUGUAAGAAAGGUUUAGCAGAUCCGAACAAGGACGUUCGUGCAUCGGCACGUAAUGCUUUCUAUAGGGUUGAGCAAAUUUGGCCAUCGACAGCCCGGACGAUCUUUGACAGUCUUGAUAUGAGCAUACAAAAGCAAGUUGAAUCCAAUAGGUUACCUGCAGGCCAACCAAUUCCUCAAUCACCUGCACCCUCACGUACUGCUGCACCGUCUAUUAGUGCGAUUGCCUCACCUCGCACUCCGAGCAACAAAAUUGGCCCUUCCAGCGCUCUUUUGGCUGCAAAGAGGGCGGCUGCAGCAUCCUUGGCAAAAGAGAGAAAAGAGAAAGCAGAAAGGGAAGCACAGAUUCAAGCGGAAAGAGACAUGAUGAUGGCAGAAGAUGAGGAUGAAGAAGAUUUGAUGAGUUCGCCAAGUAUAGGAGAUUUGAACGAUGAAGAAUUGCAUUCUACACCACCUUUGGUCAUUCGACAGAAAUUGGCACAAUCUCCUUCGCCCUCGCCUGCACCGGUACCACCGAAAUCACCCUUGCGCUCGCGUGCUUCUUCGGAAUCGACGAAAUCAGCUUCCGUGCAACCUCAUUCAAUUCCGUUGCCAUCAAGUCCUGUUGGUAAUCGUAGUGCUUCUCGUUCUGGCAUUGCACGUCCGACGAGCUCUGUGAUUGGUGCACGAUCACGAACGACCAGUACGUCUUCCAUGGCAUCCAAUAGGUCUGCAGGUCGUUUUGGUGCUUCGACCAAUAUGAAUUACGGUAGUAUCGCUCAACGAUUCGAACAACAGUCUGCUGCAUCAGUAAGCACGCCUGUGGCCAAAACUACAACCAAUGAUUCUCUACCGCAUGCAGAUCUUUCGACGGAUGAAUUCAAUCGCUCCGUCAGAGUAUCAACGCCAUCUUCGCCUUCUCGUAUUCCGAUACGCAGUCCUCCGCGUGUAUUGUCACCUUCUACGCCGGAGAAAGAAAGAGAGGCAACUGUUGCGGAUACAUCUACGAUGAGCUUUGCAUCAUCUGUCCAAAGUGGUGCAGAUACUUCUUAUGGUCAAGUACCAAGUUCACCUACGAAUCGGACUAAGCUGCCAAGGCCCGUUUCGAUGAUGUACUCAACUCCACCUUCCGGCAAAGCUGGAAUGACUGCUCGACAUUCUCAUAGCCUUUCGACGGAUAUGUCACCGUCGCCAUCUGCAAAUGAAUGGAACGAAGGCAAGGCAGCGAAAACACGAUCUACACAGCCUCCACCAUCAAAUGGCAGCGAGAAUGGCAGUUCGCCUUUCAUUACACAGAAAGAACGAGGCUCUGCAGCAACAGAAAAGCCACCUUCAAAGCCGCCUACCUCAAUAACUCGGACAGUUGUUCCUCCGGAUGCAACAUCAGCUGUCAAAUGGUUCUUGGGUAAAGCGGAUAGGCUUGAGAAUGCCACCUUUUAUGAUGAAGAGCCAGAUUAUGCUAACCUCUCGCCCGUCAAGCAAAGACCUGAAAGUGAUGGCUAUGUCGCUCAACUGUAUACUGGUUCUGCCACCUUGCGGACGUUUAAAGGAUUGGUCUCGCUCUCAAAGGAAUUCAAAUUACCACAAAAAGGCGUCAAGAUUAUGCAAGAAGAUGAUACACCUUCUUUGCUAGGUUUAGAUGCGGAUGCAGGAGCGAAUCGAGAGUAUAGUAUUGCGAUUGAGAUGUGGCAAGAAGGUUCUUUGUUCGAACGAAUCUUUAUUUCGUUAUGCAAGUAUUUGCGUUCGGAAGACAUCAUCACGGGAACAUCAAAACAAGAUUUGCAAACUGCAGCUUUGGUAUUCUUGCAUAGACUUGUGGAAUUUCAAUUCGGUCUUUUUACUGCACUAGACAAAGAACGUGACUUGUUGGACCUCCUGAUUGAUUUGAUCAGAAGGAAUCAUUCGGGUCCUUCUGCUGCUGGAGUCAAGAGCGCUUGUCAAGCAAUCGCAGAUCGUUGGACAGAUCAGACGGAUGUGAUUAUUGGAGUGACAAUGCUACGCAGUGUUCUUUCACAAUGUAUGAGUCUAGAUGAUGAUGGUCAAGAGACAAAUGGAUCCGAUGAUACAUCACAAUCCAAUGUGGCAGUUUUAACGUUAGCGUUACGUACGCUUGCUCGUUUGUUUGGUCGUUUGCCAGGCGAAUUGGUGGAAGAACAAUUGGAAAGAUGCAAACAUGUAGUGAAAAAAGGACUUAAACAUCGUCAAAUCGAAACACGACAACAAGCUGUUGGCGUUCUUGUUGCUGCUAAUAGUAAAAUUCGAGACCCGCAAAGUUUAUUUGGUAUUUUACAACCAAUCGAUAAAGCUCAACAAGAUUUGCUCAUUUAUUACAUGAAUAGAGCAUAAUUGAAGAUCAUGUACAUUAUUAUCUAAGCUCAGAUGAAAUUAUAAUUAUAAUGUAUUUGUACAAACG